AUGUGGGGGGCAGAAAUACCUAGCAGGCUAGUAGUCAAGGGUACUUCGGGACCGAGCAAACAGAAGCUGGUGCCCAAACCUAGCUCUUGUGUUCGUUCUAACAGUGGAGCCCGAGAAGCGGCACGCCUUCCAUUGUUUACCUUGGCUCUUAGAGUUGGACCCACCCAAAAAUCUCCACCAAGAGCAAUGAUUUGUCAAUUGUCGCCAGGAACUCCAAAGGUCAGCCACGUUAAGCAGUUCGCCCCAAACACGUUGAGCAAGCCGUUUCGCCAUGGUGCAACUAUAUCCGGACUUUUCUUCAAGUCAGGCGGAAGUACUGCGAUGGUCGGUGGGUACAACAAGUCAGGGGCCUCACAAACCGUCCGGACAAACCACAGUACUAUUAAAUUGGUUACUUAUAGGAGGAGUACUUUUGAUCGGGCUGAUGUGAUGCAGGGAAUCUCCAGCCUCACUGCAACGCUGUGA